AACACAUGAACCUUACGCAAACCACGUAGUACACAAGCGGGAAAAGUGUUCUGUGGGGGUGACCAUGGUUUGAGGGAACAAAGAUGUCUGUCCGCAUUCCACUGGUCCUCCUGGCCUGCGGCUCCUUCAACCCCAUCACCAACCAGCACAUGCGGCUGUUCGAGCUGGCCAGGGAUCACCUGCACCAGACAGGUCAGUUCCAGGUGGUGGGCGGGAUUGUGUCUCCGGUGAGUGACGGCUAUGGCAAGCAGGGCCUGGUGUUGGCCAAGCACCGCAUCGCUAUGGCGAGGCUGGCACUGCAGAGCUCAGACUGGGUCUCCGUUGACGAUUGGGAGAGCCAACAGCCCGACUGGACAGAGACAGUGGUCACAAUGAGGUACCAUUAUGGUCGGAUACUGAAACAGUACCAAGAGGGCACAGGGAAGGACAGUGGUCCAACCACAAACUCCCAUCAUCUCACAAGCUCCUCUCCCAGGCUGAAGCUGCUGUGCGGAGCUGACUUCCUGGACACCUUCAAGGUGCCGGGCCUGUGGCUGGACGACCACGUGGAGGAGGUGGCGGGCCGCUUCGGCCUGGUCUGUGUCAGCCGGGGGGGCCUGGAGCCCGAGCGCGCCGUGCACGAGUCAGACACACUUUCACGCCAUUGGCGAAACAUCUUCCUGGUGAGCGAGUGGGUCCGCAACGAGACCAGCGCCACGGAGGUCCGGCGGGCCCUGAGACGAGGCCUCAGCGUCAAGUACCUCCUCCCGGAUUCUGUCAUCGAGUAUAUCCACCAGCACAACCUCUAUACCGGGGAUAGUGAGCUGAAGAAUAAGGAUGUGCUGUUGAGGCCGUUUACCAAGCAGACAGAGAUGCUUGUGAAACCGCUGGAUGACUGAGAGAUUGCCAUUGGCCUUCAUUGACGGAAGCAUAUAAUGUGCCAAUAGCAAAUACGUCUACUGACUGUGCAAGGACAGGCCAUGUGGCCCAUAUCUAGUUCACUUCUGUCAUCUCAGUUGAAUCUGUGGCACACCACACGCACAAUGUUUUGCCAUCAGUGGUUUCCUUUUUUAUAAACAGAUUUAUACACA